AUGGCAUUUCCUCUCCCGCGGGGCCUCACGCCCUCGGAGAUUGGCUUUCUCGCGGAGAUGGAGAUGGUGACGGUGGUGCCUCGCCAACGUCUCGAGGGCCUAGAACUACUCGGGGGUCCGAUUGAACCUCUUGUUCCUCCACAACGCGCCUCCUUGCCCCUCUGGCUCGCACUGCUCCUCAAACGUCAACGCCGCGCGAAUAUUAUGCCUCCAUCAUGGCUACACCCCGAACCUCUCAACUUGAUCCUCGAGGUCGAAUCCCAACAUCCAGAUUAUAGGGAUACCUUCUCCCCUCCUCCCCCGCUGCCCGGCCAGCCCAGCAUUCGGGAUGACGGACUUGCGCCUACUGCCCGACCUCAAUAUACACCGGACGGUAAUAGAUAUUAUGCCUCGCCGCCAUUCUUACCACAAAAUACUGCUCAGGCGGAGGGGUUUUCGUCCCGUGAUCCGCCCGCAUUGCCCUUCCAUUGGGUCGAGAUGGGGAACAUGAUGCUCGAGUCCGCGAGUGAUGACCUUGUGGAACCGGAUCAAAUCCGACGAUUAUUGAAAGACUUGCGUGAAGUACGUCUGGCUAAAAUGAGAGCCGGCACGGACGUUCUCGACGCAGCAGCAACCGGUGGUGGGGGUGUUGCCUUGACAGGUGUUGGCGCAAUGGAAGUUGGCGAGGAGCGAGGGUUCCUGACUGGGGUAGUGGAUAAUCUCCGGAAACUUGGCGCGUCUAAAGAGCAAGCCCGGCGCGAGCAAAUGGCCGAGCAACGGGCUAAUGGUGCAUAUGACGGUGCCCAGGACGAGGAAGAAGAGGACUACAUGGAGUUUUAA